AUGCCUGCUCCUGAUCACGAUGUUGAGUUUUGUACCUUGGGAAUGUUCAUCAUUGAUGACAUCGACUUUGGUGGCAUAAGGCCUGGAGUCAAGAAUAUCACGGGUGGAGCAGCCUCUUUUGCAGUUGUAGGUGCUCGCUUAGUCUCGGGCUCUAAACAUUCGCAGGCUGUAAGCUGGAUUGUGGACGUUGGCUCUGAUUUUCCACCUGAAACUCUUGCCGUGAUCAAAUCAUGGAACACAGACUGUCUCUUCAGAGAGGAUUCCAGCAGAUUGACUACAAGAGCGUGGAAUGGAUAUCAUCCAAAUGAGCAAAGAGACUUCAAAUACUUGACUCCCAAAUUGAGAUUGGAGCCAGAGAUGCUCUCUGAUAGACAGAUAUGGUCAAAGACAUUCCACAUGGUUUGCUCAGCAUCCCGCUGUAUCCAUAUAGUGCAAACGAUCUUACGGCGACGAGAGGAGUUGCAUAAGGCGGGGAAUUCCCCCUCCGAGACGCAUGCACUACAGCGCCCCAUAUUUGUCUGGGAGCCAGUCCCCGACCUCUGCACACCUGAAGAGCAAGAAAAUUUCUUGGCUGCAAACAAAUUUGUGGACGUGGUGAGUCCUAACCAUAUGGAACUUGGCAUGAUGUUUGAUCAGCCCAGCUGGACCGAGGAAAGCCAGCAGGGUCAAGACUUGGUUGAAAAGAUCACGAGCUCUGGAAUUGGAUCAGACGGCAAUGGCCUGCUGGUUAUCAGAGCCGGAAAGGAGGGUAGCUACGCCUACUCUAAGACCUGCAAGAUUUGGCUUCCCGCAUACCACCAGCCAAAUGCCUCGGGUGCCACGCCGGUCGUUGACCCCACAGGCGCUGGCAACUCUUUUCUGGGUGCUUUGGCACAGGGCAUGGUGACUGCGGGCCGAGAGCCCUUCCAGGUAAUUCAGUCUAUCCUGUCACAAUCGGAAACAUGGAGGAAGGGACUUGACUCUUGGGGUAGCUUCCAGAAAUACCCCAUGGCACUUAUUUGCGCAACUGUUGCUGCUGGAUUUGUGGUUGAGCAAAUUGGCGUUCCACAAAUUGGCAAAGGGAAUGGAGAAGAAUUGUGGAAUCAGUCUGAAUUCACGGAACGUGUCCGCCUGUACACACAGCGAUUAUUGAAGACACUUGAAGAGUCUCCCCGGAGACACCUGCUGACCAAUUGA